UACAGUACGACGCGACACGACCGAAGGCGGGCGUUUACGUUUUAUUAAAUCGCAAUCUCGAAAGUUUCAAGCGUACGCGUGUUUCGCACAAAUUGCCGUCGCGAUAUUUGCAAAGUAAAACAACAAAUGCCAUACUUGCAAACGCACUAACUGUGAGUAAUAAUUUGAUGUUUAAAUGAAAAAAGGCCGCCUUUGAGUGUUUGAGCGCGUAAAUUAUCGAACGCGUCUAAUUAAAAUUAGCACUAAUUACUGCAAGCGCGCUUAGCGUUGUGUGUGUGCGUGUGUGUGAUAUUUAAUGGUGUUGUCGCGUGGGCUGUAACGCAACAAAAGCGCGCGUCCGCUGCACAACGUCAUUUACUGGUAUGUUUAUAUUGAGCGCUGCUGCUGUGCGUCUGUGUAUGCGUGUGCGUGCAAUUAAACGCUUUUAACCACAUUAUGGCGUUGACAGCUUGUCAAUUCAAGCGCAACCGUUACGCUACACCGAUGCUCAUAUCGCCAGCGCUGCUGCUGCUACUGUUACAACUUUCCCAAUUACAAUUGCGGUCUCGUUUGUCAAUGUCACUACUCAACUGAAUCGCUGAAUCGCAGUACAACGGAUGUAUUGUGCUUGUACUCCAACGGUAAGCGCCGGCAAUCGUAGGGUGUGUGUUAGUGCAAAUGUACGCUACAUCGCCACUGAAGCGUUGUAACUUGUUCAUUGUGUUGUUGUUAUUAUUGUGCUCGUUGUAGUUAGUGCUCUAAGCACUUUGUCAAUUCGUCGAGUUUUCAAUUAACCAACAAUCCGUGGAGCGCAUUUGUGCCAUUUGCCAUUUGCCGUUUGUUUUCCAAACAAUUGUGGUGCACUUUUCAUUUUGAAAGUGGCGUCGCCGCUCUAUGAACGAUCGAAUAAUUGCUAUUAAGUGGCAGCAGUUGAAUUCUACCAAUUUCCCGUCAGCCGUCCGGUCGAAUUUCGCCAUUGUGUCGCGCGCGCGCCUUGUCCAUCAGUUUGUGAUAUAUUGUGUUGACCACAAUUUCGCAAAUGGUCACGUGCGGCCGUCAACCGUUCAAUAUGCUGCCCAUGGCGCCGAUUAAUCCUUUUGUCGUCGGUCUAACAACAUCAUCGGUGGCAGCAGCUGCAGCGGCGGCGGCUGCCGUUGUAGACACAACGACGCGGACCAUAGGCCAAACAACAACAGCAACAACAACUACAACUGUGGCAACUGCUACGGUGACGACUGCAUCCAUUAAACCAAAGUUGGCGUUCAGCAUCGAUUCGAUUGUUGGUAGCAACAAUAAAAACCGUGAUGAUGGCGGUCCAGCGCAUCCACCGGAUUGUCGACCUAUGCGUCCGUUGACACUCAUCUCACCACCACUCGCCUCCCCGCAACGCAGCGAAAGUCCCGAUGAACGCGCCAAUGGCGAACGGGACCGCGACCGCGACCAACGCUUAAUGCUCGCCUACGAACGUCCGCCCAGCCGUGUUAGCCUCAGUUUUAGCGAGGACUCUCAUCAUUGCCAACAACCAUUAGAAUUAAGGAAUAGCUUUACUGUGAAUUAUCGGUCAGUUGGUGCGGCGGCCGACUUGCACCCUACUGCACCUAUCGCACGUCCGCCAAUGGGCCUCAUCUACUGUCGGCGUCGUUCGAUAUUGGAUCACUCGCCUGAACGUGAUUGCAUCAGUCCGCCGUUGGUUGGUAGGUGCCGAUCGCGUUCACGUUCACGCUCACCCGCUCGCCAUUUAGUAAAAUCUACCCGUGAACACAAUGUUACUGUGAAUCGCAGUCGAACACCUUCGCUCUCACCUACAACGGCGCACAGCCGCACCACACCACAAUCGCCUCAAACACCUGGUAGCGCCAGUGGUAGCAUUGGUGAACUCAACAAGCGACCUAUUCACGUGCCCGGCAUACCGGCCGGCUUGAUACGUCCACUACCACUCCAAGCACCACAAAGUUUAUCGAUACUACAAUCUGGCAGCGGUAGCGGUGGCAUAGGUCCGGCUGGAGCCCCCAAUCCACUAGAUGGUGGAAAUGCACCUACGAAUCCCACUGCUGUGCACGCAUUAGCGCCAACGAUACAAGGUUCGGUGCCGCCAGGACCACCACCACCGCCAUCUGCAUCGGGUGUUGUGGCGCCCCCUCCUCCGCCACCCAAUCCACACUUUUUGGCGGCGCAAUUUCAAAUGGCUGCCGCUUUGGCGCAUCAUCACCAUCAGCAGCAACAACAACAGCAGCAUCAUCAUCCAGCGGCGCAUUUACCACCCGGCCAUCCAAUGGCGUUAUUUCCUCCCGGACCGCAUCAUGCUCACUUCGGUGGGCCACAUUUGAUACGCGAUAGUUAUCCGCUCUACCCGUGGCUGCUAAGUCGACAUGGACGGAUAUUCCCACAUCGAUUCCCCGGUAAUUUCCUGCUACAACCAUUUCGCAAGCCGAAACGUGUGCGCACCGCUUUUUCGCCCACGCAGCUGUUGAAGCUAGAGCACGCGUUCGAGAGUAACCACUAUGUGGUGGGUGCCGAACGGAAGCAACUGGCGCAAGGACUGAGUCUCACGGAAACACAGGUUAAAGUCUGGUUUCAAAACCGGCGCACCAAACACAAACGUAUGCAGCAGGAGGGCGACAGUGACUCGAAAAGUCAGAAAGGCGGCAGUCAGGCGGGCGACAACGAUGCGAACAAAAACGACAGCUCUGAAAAUAGCUUCGAAGAUCAGGAAGAGGAUGAUGAGGAGGAUCUCAUCGAAGAGGAAGAGGAUGAAGUGAUCGAUAUGGAUGAUUAUGGGAGCGAAAUGGAUGCAGAAGAACACCAGCGAUUGCGCGAGCAAUUUCAACAACAACUACAACAGCAUCACGAGCAAUUGCAACAACAUAUGCAGCAACAGCAGCAGCAGCAGCAGCAACAACAGCAAGCACAAGCGCAAGUGCAGCAGCUGCAGCGCGAACAGCGAGAGCUUAGAGAUCAGCAGCAGCAGCAACAACAGCAGCACCAACAAUUCAUGCAACAUCAGCUGUAUUUGCAUCAGCAGGCACAACAGCAGAAGCAGCUGCAGUUGCAACAACAGCAAAUACAACAACAACAACAGCCACAGCAAUCGCAGCAGCAGCAGCAGCAACAGCCAUAAUUGCAGCCGCCCAAGCGUGGAGCGCUUACAAUGACGGCCACUGUUCGGUUUAUCUGCGGCUAAUUGCCGCCACUGGGCGUGGUCGUGAUCGCUGUUGUUGGCAAACUUCCAUAUACUCGCUGCCCCCCACUACUCUUUUCCCGCGUACUUGAGUUCCUUCGGCGUUGGCUGGCGCAAUUUUCCAUUCGUUCAACUCGUUUUUUCCCUUACUGUUUUUUUUUCUUUUUGUUUUUGUAAAUUAUUCAACAAAAUUGAAUUGUAUUAAUUAAUUUGUAAAUUAGACGCUUAGAAAUGUAAUCAUACAUUUACGAUUAACAAAUACCGUGUAAUAAUUAAUGCACAAAGCAAAUGUUAUAGAUAAUAA